AUGCUCCGAGGCCGAUCCCUAUCUGUGACAUCCCUGGGUGGGCUUCCCCGGUGGGAAGUCGGACUCCUUGUGGAGGAUUUACUGCUCUUUGAAGUCGCUUGGGAAGUGACCAAUAAAGUUGGUGGCAUCUAUACUGUGAUUCAGACAAAGGCCAAAACAACAGCAGAUGAAUGGGGAGACAAUUACUUUCUGCUUGGUCCAUAUUUUGAGCAUAAUAUGAAGACUCAGGUAGAAGAAUGUGAACCUGUAAAUGAUGCUGUGAGAAGAGCAGUGGACGCAAUGAACAAACAUGGCUGCCAGGUGCACUUUGGAAGAUGGCUCAUAGAAGGCAGUCCUUACGUGGUGCUCUUUGACAUAAGCUAUUCAGCUCGGAACCUGGACAAGUGGAAAGGUGACCUCUGGGAAGCAUGCAAUGUUGGUAUCCCUUAUCACGACCAGGAAGCCAAUGAAAUACUGAUAUUUGGAUCGUUAACUGCCUGGUUCUUGAAAGAGGUGACAGAUCAUGCCGAUGGGAAACACGUCAUUGUCCAAUUCCAUGAAUGGCAGGCUGGGACUGGACUGAUUCUUUCUCGAGCUCGGAAACUUCCGAUUGCUACAGUCUUUACCACUCACGCCACACUGCUUGGGAGGCAUCUCUGUGCAGCAAACAUCGAUUUCUACAACCAUCUUGAUAAGUUUAACAUAGACAAAGAGGCUGGGGAAAGGCAGAUUUAUCACCGGUAUUGCAUGGAGCGUGCCUCAGUCCAUUGUGCUCAUGUAUUCACCACUGUUUCUGAAAUAACAGCAAUAGAGGCAGAACACAUGCUGAAGAGAAAGCCUGAUGUAAUUACUCCAAAUGGCUUGAAUGUUAAGAAAUUUUCAGCAGUACAUGAGUUUCAAAAUCUCCAUGCCAUGUACAAGGCCAGGAUCCAAGAUUUUGUUCGAGGUCAUUUCUAUGGUCACCUGGACUUUGAUCUUGAAAAAACGUUGUUCCUCUUCAUUGCUGGGAGGUAUGAGUUUUCAAACAAAGGAGCUGACAUCUUCCUAGAAUCCUUAUCCAGGCUAAAUUUCCUAUUGAAAAUGCAUAAAAGUGACGUCACUGUGGUGGUGUUUUUCAUUAUGCCUGCCAAGACAAAUAAUUUCAAUGUGGAAACCCUGAAAGGCCAGGCAGUGCGAAAACAGCUAUGGGACACUGCACAUUCUGUGAAGGAAAAGUUUGGAAAGAAACUGUAUGAUGCAUUAUUAAGAGGAGAAAUUCCUGACAUGAACAAUAUUUUGGAUCGAGACGAUCUGACAAUUAUGAAAAGAGCCAUAUUUUCAACUCAGCGGCAAUCUUUGCCCCCAGUGACGACUCACAACAUGAUUGAUGACUCCACCGAUCCCAUCCUCAGCACCAUUAGAAGGAUCGGGCUUUUCAACAGCCGUACAGACAGAGUCAAGGUGAUUUUGCACCCAGAGUUCCUAUCCUCCACCAGCCCCUUGUUACCCAUGGAUUAUGAAGAGUUUGUCCGAGGUUGUCAUCUUGGAGUAUUUCCAUCAUACUAUGAACCCUGGGGUUAUACUCCAGCCGAAUGCACUGUGAUGGGUAUCCCCAGUGUGACCACCAACCUCUCCGGCUUUGGCUGUUUCAUGCAGGAGCAUGUGGCUGAUCCCACAGCAUAUGGUAUUUACAUCGUUGACAGGCGAUUCCGCUCACUGGAUGAUUCUUGCAAUCAGCUGACUCAGUUUCUCUAUGGAUUUUGCAAACAGUCACGCCGCCAGAGGAUUAUUCAGAGGAACCGAACCGAGAGGCUUUCAGACCUUCUGGAUUGGAGAUACUUAGGCAGAUAUUACCAGCAUGCCAGGCACCUGACGUUAAGCAGAGCUUUUCCAGAUAAAUUCCACACGGAAACCACAUCGCCCCCAAUGACAGAAGGGUUUAAAUAUCCCAGGCCUUCCUCAGUACCACCUUCUCCUUCAGGAUCUCAGGUCUCUAGUCCUCAGAGCAGCGAUGUGGAGGAUGAGAAUGAGGAUGAAAGAUACGAUGAGGAAGAGGAGGCUGAAAGGGAUCGGUUAAAUAUCAAGUCGCCAUUGUCUCUGAAUCACGUUCCUCGCGGGAAGAAGCUGCAUGGCGAAUACAAGAACUGA